AUGCUGAUCGGUGUCGUAAUGGUAACUUGUGUAACAUCUCGAAAUUUCGAAAUUAGCAUUCCAAAUUCACUAGAACACUCCGCGCUCGUGAAGUGGCAUUCCGUUUCCUUCAGCGCUUACGCGCUGGAGCCGAUUCAAAAUAUAUUUUUGGCAGCGAAGUUCUGCGAAUGGAUAGGCAACAGUGUGACCAAGAACCUUAAACUAGCGAAUGCCGUCUUUAAUCAGCAAAUAUGGCCUUCAAUUUGUGGAAAGUGCAUAUGAAAAGUAUUCUCGUGUUCAACGAUUUAUGGUCAGUGGAUCAGAUGGAAGUGAAGUGAAAACGGAACAAAACGAGGUAGAAUGGACAGGGAAAGAUGCAAAGGCAUUGAUUAAUAUAAGUAUGGUACAAGAUCAACUCAUAUAUAUAAAAAAGGAUAAUACAUCAAACGAGGCAUGA